GUGACCAUAAAUAUAUCCAUGUGUGUGACGUUCACAGUACAGAUUUCUGAGUGUAAGGCUGUUUAUAGAUAUUAGUUGGGACAUCUUAUGGCAUUCAUCAUAAAACAGUUAUACAUAGUGUUUAUUGUAUAUGAUUUUGAAAUUUCUUAGUAUGGAUAUCUUAUAUGUAUAACGUGCGACUGUACUGUACAACUGUGAUGCAACUACUACGAGUAGUACUAGAGUAGAGAGUGAAACUUGUUUUGAAAGGUGACAGUGAAGUAUACAAUUGAAAAGGUUUAAACAAAAAUUAAGUUGUUGCUUUUUAAAUUGGAAAUGGAAGAAGAUGCUAGUCUUGAUGAUUGGGUCACAAUCAAGGAUGAUUUGUUUGGUCAAGAAGAUGUUGCCUAUAGGAAAGAUUUAAAUUUCAUUGUUGAGUGGAAUGAAAUUGAAAAACAACUGGCUAUUACAUGUACUGAAGGAGCAAGAAAGGCCAGUGAUCAGACAUGUAAGUCACAUGCUUGUAUGUUGAGCAUUGCAAGUCUACAAAAUAUACAUCAACAGUUGUCUUUAGUUAAUACAACACUAAAUGAUAAAUUUCCCAAAAUUUGUAAUAAAUCUGGUUUUUUGUCUCAUCUAUUUGGAGUUAGAAGUACUGAAAUACCAGUUAGAGAAAUUGAAGCAUACCUUUAUACUGCCUUAGAUGUUUGUGGGAAGAAAAUGCUUUUUUCUCUUUUGUUUGAAGAAGAAGAAGAUCCAUUGAUAGAUUAUGAAGAAAAUGUGAAUGAAUUUCGACUGCGAGCUCAUGAGAGUAUGGUUAAUAAAGCCUUUCUUGGUCUGAAGGAGAUUCUGGAAUUACGAGAAAGAGCAGAAUCAUUAUUAGAACUAGCUACAGUUUAUGCUUUAGAAGAUGAAGUAGUUGUAAAUAUAUCUGUAGCCCUUUCAGAGCUGUACAAUUUUCAACUAAAACCAUUUUUGGAACUUCGAGAAUUAGCCACUUCCAAAACAAAAAAUGCCCAGUUGCAACUUGAAGACCAGGAUCUUGGAGACAAAGUCAAGCAGCAAGCAGCAAAAGACUUAGAAGAGUGGAAGAAUCAGUACUUUUCUGUUACAGAAGCAAUACAACAUUUGUAUCAAGAUUAUUACAGAAAGACAGUAGAUCUUUUAUCAGGACAAUUAAAGCGAUUGCUGGAAGACAAGAUCAAAUUUGGGAAAUCUACAUUUGAGAUACAAGCUCUUCCUCGUCUUCAAAAAUUAGAUGUCUCUGUUAGCAAAGAAAGACUGAAAUUGUUUAAUACUGUUAAAGCUAUUCGUGAAUAUCAGCGAGAUAAGAUUCAACAACAGCUAGAAAAACUUAAGUUUGAUAAAAACUGGAAAGAAGAAGCACUUAUGAUAGAAUCUGCUGUAUAUGAAGCCCAGAUAAGUGUUUUUGACAGUAGAUUAGAUAUACUUCAGGAGCAAGAAUGUCUUUUUAAGAAACAACUGUCAAUCGUACAGAAAGCAACACAAGAUGAAUUAGAUGUUGGGAUAUUCCACGAUGCCAUGGAGUACUUUGACGAAGGUGCUGAAGAAAAACCAGUACCUCAAGCUGACCCCAAAAUUAUCAAACUGAAAGCAAAAUUAAAUAGUGUAUACAGGAAAAGAGCUGCUAUCAGAAAUCGCAAGAAAGCCUGUAUAGGUCACCUGCAAAAGAAAAAACAAAAAGUAUAUGCUGAAAGAGAACAGUUUGGAAAACAUCACUCUGCUCAGAUGAAAAAAGCUGAGCGCCAGAAGCAAGAUGAAGUUGCAAAAGAAAAAAUGAGACAAGAACGAAAAAAGACCCUGAAAAGACUGAGGGCCUAUAGACAGAAGUGCCAGCAAUCUGAUACCAGUAGUAGCUCUCUCUCUCCAAGCUUUAUAGGAGAAAUUAUUCAUGUGAAUGCUAAAGAUGAAACUGUUGCAGGGAAUGAACUUUGUGAAAGAAUUGGAGAAAAAACUAUAGUGAUGGUGGAUAACCUUAAUGAAAAUUAUGAGUUACCUUUGCCUCCCCCACCUCCAGUUGAUGCAUUAUACUUCUCUCAGGAACAACAAAAUCUCCCUCUUCCACCUCCACCAGACCCUGAUGAUCAGAAUACAUUUGAGAAUGGUGCUGCUUUCUGCUCCACUUCACAAGGUCCUGACAUUGAGACUAAAUCAUACUUUCUUCCACCUCCUCCACCACCACCACCACCUCCUCCACCAUUGUCACACACUUUAUUUCUGCCAUAUGAGACAAAAGAGCAGAAAACAGAUGGAAUUGUUACAAAGAAGAGUGAAUCUUUACUGAGUGGGAUCUCAGGACUUGACUUAAAUGAGCUUCUGGCUGUCAGAAGCAAUCUUCGUAAAACAAUUCCAUCAAUCAGCCAUUUAAAGGGAGAAAAACGAACUAAUCGUUUUGAGCCCAGAUGGAAAUCAAGUGAUGCUGACUUAUCAACAGUUUUGCUUGCUACCCUUGAUCGUAUACGGAAUGUAACUCGUGACUCUGACUUGUCUGAUGACUCAGACUCAAGCACUGAAUUUGAAUGAAGUCGCAUGUUUUAAUUAUUAGUUUUUCUUUUAUUGUGAGUAGUAUUCUAAAUAUUGUUAAAGCCUCUUUAUAGUUUUUAAUUUUUUAUAAUACAGUAUAAAAAAUUUGAGUAAGAGUAUAUAUGUGACAAUAUGAAAUUGAAAUAAAUUUCCAAUUUGGAGAUCAUUAUUAAUUUCAAUGAUUUGAUAUUAAUUAUUAUGUUAAAAAUGUGUGAACAUAUAUAACUUGUACAUUUAAGGAAAUUUUCUAAAGCUAUACAGAGAAAAUUUUAGGUUUGGAAAGUGACUGUAAAGAAAUAUUCUGAAUUACAAUUUUGACUUAUUUAACAGUUUUUUUAUUACUCGGUAUUUGACUUCAUUUUUGUGUCUAUCUCAAUUUAGAUAUGUCAGACUAAGUAAAUAUGUAAUAUGUGAACUAUGAGGAUUAUAUAUGCACACACACACACACACAUCACUUUAGGACACAACUAUAUAUAAAGGCACACACACGUAGUUUUUGGAUGUAAAUUAAAAAAGUUUUUUGUGUUACAUUUUAUAUAUAUAU